CUUCCCCUAAAAGUCAGAGUGAGCAUGGAUAAAAUGAGCGCAAGUUUUGCUGAACUAGUCAUGCAUCCUGACUUUAUUCUGGCGCAAUUAAAGUUUAGUCUUAAACAUAGAUGCCCCCAUACCCUCCCCAAGAGUGAUGUCAGAUGUAGGAUUUGGUCAGAGGGGGGGGGAUCUAAAGAGUGCAUAACCAUGGAAAGGGGCUUGAACGCUCAAGAAUCUUGUCUUUCUGUUUGCCCCCUCAAUCGAGCGACACAAAGGCUGAAUUACUCAUUCAAACCUCGCGGGACAAAGGGAAAGGAGCUGGAUAGCACUCCUGCAUUUGUAGUCAAACAUUUAGAGACUUAAAUCGAGUCGUCAUGAAGGAGAAAGAGUCGGACAAAGCCCAUAGAAUUGCCAUCAGCAAACAUUUUCCUGUGUCAUAUUAUGGGGUCUCCAUGGCUCCCUCUGGCCCGCGGACAAUAGCACAAGUUUGCACACUCGAAUACUGUCACCCUGCCAACGGUAACAAGGGCCCAAAACAGGACAAUCCCCCAGAGAAAGCAUUGGGCUCCGCGGGGAAGGUUGCAAUGGAGGAGGAAAGGGGGACUUGUGAAAUGCUAAUUGAGCUUCAUCCCCUUACUGGAGUACCUAUCGUUCCAUUGAACCGCAGCAGCAGUGGAAUGAGACGUGAGGAAGCUGUUUGCCUGGGAGAACUCCAGAGGUCAUGCUCACGGACGGUGGCGGAGAAAGUUAGCGAAGAGUGCCAGCUGGCCUGCCACUGUAGGAGAUACCCUCCCCUUCCUCCUCCGCCGCCUCCGCCGCCUCCCCCGCGGCUACUGGACGUCACAGUGGCAGUGACCGAGGUGCCCUUGCUGAGGCCAUGGUGGAUGGAGAUGGACGUUGUAGUCCUGGGAACGGUGGGCUGUGCAUCCGCUGUCUUCCUGCUCUCAGCCAUCAUCAUCUGCUACAAGGCCAUCAAGAGGAAACCACUACGAAAAGAAGAGAACGGGACAAGUCGUGGGGAAUAUGCCAUGAGCAUCCGUAACAAGAAGGCCAUAGGUACGAACAACACUGUGGUAUAGACUGUCUCCUGGUGGACACAGGAAGUGACAUCACCAUUCCCGUCUCUCACUGUAACCCCCAAACUCAACAGUCCCUUCUCACCCAGAAUGCAGCAGGGUUUUACCCAAGGUUUUCAAAUAGGAAAACCCUCCCUCUUUGCUUGGCAUGUUGCCUGGACUGAAGACACCAUUUAGCUCAAGAAGAGCUGCAAAAGAUGGAAGGUAAAAAAAAAAGGAAGCUAAAAAGGAACGGAGAGAGAGAUCCACAAACCCCCAUGGUGUCAAAAGUGGCGCAGCAGGCUGAACAUUAUGCUUUUAGUAACAGCAAGUGUUGCUGACAGGCUGGUUGGCUGCUGGCUGGAGAGGGACCGUCUGCCAGUCUGCCGCAGAUCCAGACCUCACACACUGUUGACAUCUGCAAUGGAACAACAAACAACACAGCAGACAGGACAAGCCCAUGACACAAAAUAAAUAACGUGCAUGCAGUUUUUACAGAGAAUGCAACAUUUUUUUAUACUCCAAUCCCCACUCUGUCCGUCUUUUGUUCCGCAUUUUGGAGACAGAUGCUUUGUGAGAGGCAUGAUGUUCCUGUCGGCUCUGAGAUGUGGAUUCAUCUGACUAUGCAAUUUAAAGAAAUCCAUUAAAAAAAAUAAAAAAAAGGAGAAGGAGCAACGACAUCAACAUGGGACAUUCUGGUUAUUUUACCAUGGCAAAAAUGCCACUGAAGACUUAGGCUCUGUGUAAUAUACUUCAGUCAUUCAUUGAAUUAUUUGCUCAAUUUAUUUACUAAUUUAUCUACCUUUGAAUUUAUUUUUCUACUCAAAAGAAAAAAAACUGUCUUGUAAGUUACUCCCAUCUUUACGAUUUCUCAAUAGCUAUGUUUUUUAAGUGAAUAAUUUAUAAAUUGUAUAAUCCAUUUGUGAUGCUCCGAUGCUUUAAGGCUGCUGUCAGUUUGUUGAGACACCAAUGCAGAAAACAACGCUCCAGUUUCGGUAUUGUUUUGUCUCUGUUUUGUGUUUGAUAUCGCUUUUCUCUGUUUCCCUGAGACUUCUGCUAAAAAGUGGUCUGUAUGAUAUGCUAUGUGAAUGUGUUUUUUUUCCAAACAUUACUAAUGUGCUGCAUCAUAUUCCAGUCCCUGUUUUUAAUUUGCUAUCUUCAGUCAAGCCGCCGUCCCCCCCUACAAGUUAAACCUGCUAUAUCAACUCUUUUGGUUCAAUCUAGUCUUGGGGUCAGUUAGAUGCCUUCAGUAAUGAUUUGGUUGGAUUUGACAUUCUUAAUUUUCCUAUCCGUCAAGGGGGGGGGCGUCUUAGCCCAUCGCUAUAGGAACUGGGGACACGAGCCCAGGCUUGACCUUGUGAGUGGUGAGAGACAGGAGACUUAGCCAACAGCCAGAGAUCAGGUUGCACGGGGGAAAGCCUCAGCAGGGAUGUGUGUGUUACUCUGUGGCGUCCACAAACAUCCCCACUGGAAAAACACAGCCGAGCUGAACUGGAGCAUCACUCAACGCUGCUCUGCUUUUAUACAUUAAAGCUCUAUGUGUCCGUGCAUGAGUGCAUUUGUGUGUGUGUGUGAGAGAGAGAGAGAGAGAGAGAGAGGGGGUGUGUGUCUGUCUGUCUGCGAGUAUGCAUGCAGAUGAGUGUACUCAGUGAGAGUGGGCUGUACUCUAUGGCUGUCAGUAAAGUAUAGUAUAUUGGCUAAACUGUGGAAAUUUGAGAAAAACACAUGCUUGCAUCGAGACAUGCAAAGAUAUUAGCGAACAGUAUACCCCACCAUGUACCAUGUGAGCGAAAUGAAGGAUGCAUGAAUGUAAAUAUUGAUAUUUAAAUAUCUGCCUUCUGGACUGUUAAUUAAUGUACAGUGUAACAGAACAUAUGUUUAUACAUAGUAAAACUUAAACAAUGUGCUACCAUUUAGAAUUAUGUCAAUGUUGUCAUGUUUAUGGAGCAAGCCAUUAAUGUAUAUAUGGCAAUCUAUAGUACAUACACAAUUUAUGCAUUAUACCAAACAGAAAGAUGUGCAUAAGUUGAUUUAAUUGCUGAGUUUUUCCAGUUGUAAAUAAAACUGUACAUAACAACAGA